AUGGCUUUGCACGGUGUAUUGCCAAAGUUUGAACAAAACGAAGACUGGGGAUUAUAUUCAGAACAGUUGCAACAAUAUUUUGUCGCUAAUGACGUGAGUUUGGCAGAGAAGAAAGUGGCUAUUUUAUUAACGGUCAUUAGUACGGCAGUUUAUAAGACAUUGAGAGAUUUAUGUCAUCCUACGAGCCCGCAGGAAAAGACGUUUGAGGUUCUUAACGCAUUAUUAAAGGACCAUUUCCAGCAUCGACAGGCUGUUUUUCGAGAGCGAAUUAAAUUUUAUAGAGCUACUCAAGCGAGUGGAGAAAAAAUCGCUGACUGGUAUGCUCGUGUCAAAAGUUUAUCAGUUUCCUGCAAAUUUGGAAAUAGCUUACAAGAAAUUUUGAAGGACAAAUUCGUCACCGGUCUCUCAGAUUCCAAAAUUUUAAGCCGAGUAUGUGAGGAGGAUGAGUCCAAGAGUUUGAAGGAUUUAUUUGAUAUUGCCAUUAGAAGGGAAGCAGUCAUUAUUGGCGAGACUCAGGAGGUCAAUCGGUUAAAACUUCACGCAAAGAAGCCAGAGUUGAGUCAUCGAAAGGAGUCCACCGACGCUUCUACGUCGUCGAAGACUAUGCAAAGAAAGUUUUCAAAGGACAGUAAGAAAUGUUACGCAUGCGGGGGCACUGCCCAUGAUUUUAAGACUUGUAAGUAUAAGCAAUACAAAUGUAAAAAUUGUAAGAAGGUAGGGCACUUAGCCAAAGUUUGUACCAAAGAGCAUUCGCAAAAUUUUGUAGUGGAUAUAAGUAGUACAAAUUAUGAAUAUUACGAUAAUGGCUAUCAGGGAGUUAGUCCAGCGUCAGCGCGUAAUAGCGAUCUAGACUUAUUUGAGUUAAGAGAUAGUAACUCGGGUCCUAUGACUAUUAGUUUGAAAGUUGAAGGUCAACGGGUCAUAUGGGAACUAGACAGCGGCGCGUCUAGAACGGUUAUUCCGUUUUGGCUUUAUAACAAGAAUUUUAAGUACAAGAAGUUGUAUAAAACCGAAAUUGUACUGAAAAGUUAUUCCGGGGAAAGUAUGGUACCAGUAGGUAAAUUCCAAGUUUCGGUGCAAUACGGCAGCGUAAAAAAAAUACUUGACAUAUUAGUUAUUAAUACGAACGGUCCAGCUUUAGUAGGUAGGGAUUGGAUAGCUAGCCUCGAUCUAAUUAAAAUACGACGUGAACCUGUAUUUAAAGUCGAUAAAGAACUGGAAGUGUGCGAGGAAUUUCCAGAAGUAUUCGAGCCAGGGUUAGGAUGUUACAGAUACGGCAAGAUAAAGAUAGAGUUCAAACAGGAAGCGAAACCAAUCUUUUGUGAACCUAAGACGUUACCCUUGAUCUUUAAAGAAAAAGUAGAAGAACUACUUCGAUUAGAAAAAGAGGGAAUUAUAGCACCUGUAACAGAUUCGGAAUGGGGUACGCCUCUUGUACCUGUAUUAAAGAAAAACGGGCAAAUUAGAAUCUGUGUAGAUUAUAAGUCGACGGUAAAUACGUUCUUAAAAGAUGUAAAAUAUCCGUUACCGCGGAUUGAAGAAAUUUUUGCAGCACUUAGAGGCAGAAAAGAGUUCACUAAACUUGAUCUUUCUCAAGCUUACAACCAGUUGGUUUUAGAUGAGCAAUCUAAGUUAAUUUUAGCAUGGAGCAUCCAUAAGGGUAUAUUCAAAGUUAAUAGAAUGCCCUUCGGAAUUAAGCCUGCUGCUUCCAUUUUUCAGCAGAAAGUGGAAAAGACAUUACAAGGUUGUAAGGGAGCUAUGAAUUUUAUAGACGAUAUAAUUGUAACAGGCAGCACUAGGGAAGAACAUAUCGAAAAUUUAAGAGAAGUGCUUGGUCGGUUGUUGAGAGCAGGACUCAAA